AUGGACCUUAUCAAGAAGCUAUGGAGAGCACGCAAGCUGAUCCUGGUGGUGCUGAUCCCGCUGUCGCUGCUGCCGCUGCCCCUCAUCCACCCCACCAGCGAGGCCUGUUGUGCGUACGUGUUGAUAGUGACAGCAGUGUACUGGGUAUCAGAAGCUGUACCCCUUGGAGCUGCUGCCCUCGUACCGGCCUUCCUAUACCCACUGUUCGGAGUGCUCAAGUCCAGCGAGGUAGCUGCAGAGUACUGUAAGGACACCACUCUGCUGCUGAUGGGGGUGAUCUGUCUGGCGGCCUCCAUAGAGAAAUGGAACCUCCACAAACGCAUCGCUUUACGCAUGGUCAUGAUUGCUGGAGCCAAGCCUGGCAUGUUGGUGCUGGGUUUCAUGUGCUGUACGGUCUUCCUGUCCAUGUGGCUCAGUAACACCUCCACUACUGCCAUGGUGAUGCCCAUCGCUGAGGCCGUCCUGCAGCAGCUCAUCAGCACCGGCGUGGCCGACACCCAGGGAGACUCCGAAACCGUCGAGGCCACCGAGGACGACUGCCUCAGCGACAGGGAAGAGAAUCUGGAACAGAACCAACUCGAGCGUCUGUAUCGCAGAGACAGCUGUAUGAAGCAGGAGCUCUGCACUCUGACUGAGUUGCCGACUGUGGAGACUAACGGGACUGGUAGGAAGGCCAGUAAAGCCAGUCUGGGCCAGUUGUCCCUAAAGCAGACCAACGGACACCUGCCAUCGACAGCGAUCAGCAUCCCAGAGCCCAAGAAGGAGAAGGAGAGCAAAGACUCUCGCUACCCCACCAAGAGAGAUCAUAUGAUCUGUAAAUGUCUGUCUCUCAGCAUCACGUACGCAGCCACCAUCGGAGGCCUCAUCACCAUCACCGGCACCUCCACCAACCUUAUCUUCGCCGAACAGUUCAACAAUCGCUACCCGGACGCAAAGGUGAUCAACUUUGGGACCUGGUUCAUCUUCAGUUUCCCCAUCGCGAUCAUCAUGCUGCUGCUGACCUGGGUCUGGCUGCACUUCCUCUUCCUCGGCUGCAAUUUCAGGGAGACAUGCUCGUUGAGUAAAAAACGUAAGACAAGGAGAGAGAUGCUGUCAGAGAGGAAGAUCCACGACGAGUACAUAAAGCUUGGGCCCAUCAGCUACCCAGAGGUGGUGACAGGAGUGUUCUUCGUCCUGAUGACUCUGCUGUGGUUCACCAGAGAACCAGGCUUCGUACCCGGGUGGACGUCGCUGUUCGAGAAGAAAGGCUACAGGACCGACGCCACUGUCUCUGUGCUACUGGGCUUCCUGCUCUUCCUCAUCCCGGCCCGUCGCCCCUUCUCUCGGGCCCCCAGAACCCCCGCAAGGGACGGCUCCGCAGAAAGAGACCCAGACCCCAUGGCCCCCAUGAUCACCUGGAAGGACUUCCAGAAUCUCAUGCCCUGGGAGAUCGUCAUCCUUGUGGGAGGGGGCUACGCCUUGGCUGCUGGCUGCAAGGUGUCAGGGCUGAGUGUGUGGAUCGGCAGACAGCUGGAGCCGAUGAGUGGUCUCCCCCCGUGGAUGGUCACGCUGCUGGCCUGCCUGCUCGUCUCCGCGGUUACAGAGUUCGCCAGCAACCCCGCCACUCUCACCGUGUUCCUACCUAUCCUCUCUGCUCUGUCGGAGACCCUGCAGAUCAACCCCCUCCACACACUUAUCCCCGCCACCAUGUGUGUGUCAUUUGGAGUCAUGCUGCCCGUCGGGAACCCCCCCAACGCCAUAGUGUUCAGUUACGGACAUGUGCAGAUCAGCGACAUGGUGAAGGCAGGAUUUGGGGUGAAUCUGAUUGGUGUUCUAGUGGUGAUGCUGGCCAUAAUGACCUGGGGCGUGCCCCUCUUCAACCUGACUGAGUUCCCAGACUGGGCCAUCGCCAGGAACGUCACUGGCAGCUUAUAA